CUGCACUUAGCUCACUGGCAACGUACUCAGCUCGGUCGUCGCAGUUGGUACGCAAACGUUCACGCGCACGAUUAAGCCGAAGACUUGUAUGCUAUCCCACUCGCGCGAUUCAUCCCAGUCUACUCCGAGCUUGACAGAAUUGUCGUCCUCGGCCGGUAGUGGCUCUAGCUACUGUGGACUCUCCCCGGAGUCACAAGCCUUCCGUCGGACGGUCGAUGGGAGACUCUUUGACACCGCACAGCUUGAAAGCGAUCAGGCGUUGCACGAACAGGCAUACAAACACCUCAAGAUCUUCCACAAGCAGACCACCUCAUUUCGCGGAGAAGAGUACGACAUCCCAGUAUGGGUCAAGCGCGCGAACGAACGUAGGGAAGACAGCGGCUUCACGAUCUCGAAACUGUACCCACAGACGUGCUUCUCUUAUCAACUUAUGAAGGAUGUGUACGCAAUCCACGAGUUUCAGCCAGGAACAUUCUUCCCACUUGUCAGGAAGACGCAUGUCACCUUUGUUGAUCACAGCUACAAGCAGACAGCGGGUCCAUCUGCGCAGGUUGGCGAUCGCUUCAAGCAGGCACAUGCCACCACGGAGAUUCCUCUCCCCAGCUGGAUGAACCAGGAGUUGGAGGACCUACUGUCCAAAGCUUGGAUGGCCAAAGCUUCAUGAAACGAGUGAUUG